AUUGGUCCGUCCUCUGUCCUCUUUCCUCACCGAUUUGCGGGACACCAUCCUGGCAGUGCUGGCAUUCCCAGUGGGAUCCUUUGUGGUCCUGUCCUGUCCUUCUGGCUGCUCUAUGCCCAUGACCGGGAGCUGGUUUAUCCCAAACCCCUUGACGACAUCAUCCCGCAGUGGUUAAAUCAUGCCAUGCACACUGGAAUCCUGCCCUUGCUCCUUGUAGAGCUCUACAUCAUACCUCAUCACUUCACUAGCCAGAGGAAUGGCAUCCUGGGACUGACCUUGUUAAAGACCCUGUUGUCCUAUUAG